AUGGAAUCCGGUGACAAGCGAAUAACGCUGCAGCUGAUGAUGGCAGUGGGGACCGCUGUCAUCGGCUCGCUGCAGUUUGGCUACAACACGGGGGUCAUCAAUGCCCCUCAGAAGAUUAUUGAGAGCUUCUAUAAUGAGACCUGGUUUGACCGGUACUCGACGUCAAUCCCUGAAACGUAUCUCACCACGCUGUGGUCCAUCUCCGUCGCCGUCUUCUCCAUCGGGGGCAUUUUUGGAUCCUUCUCCGUGGGACUUUUCGUCAAUCGCUUUGGAAGGAAGAACUCCAUGCUCAUGGUGAACGUCUUGGCCUUCGUGGCAGCCGCCCUCAUGGGCUUCUCCAAGAUGGCAGCAUCCUGGGAGAUGCUGAUCACCGGUCGAUUCGUGGUGGGACUCUUCUCGGGACUCUGUACAGGCUUCGUGCCCAUGUACGUGGGAGAGAUCUCUCCCACCUCCCUCCGAGGGGCUCUGGGCACCCUGCACCAACUGGGCAUCGUCAUUGGCAUCCUCCUGGCACAGGUGUUUGGCCUGGAGGCUCUCAUGGGCAAUAUGACUAUGUGGCCCUUUCUGUUGGGCUUCACCUUCAUCCCCGCUGUGGUGCAGUGUGCACUCCUGCCCCUCUGUCCUGAGAGCCCCCGCUACCUGCUCAUCAACCUCAACCAGGAGACUCGGGCCAAGAGCGUGCUGAAGAAGCUGCGGGGGACCACGGACGUGAACGCCGACCUGCAGGAGAUGAAGGACGAGAGCCGGCAGAUGCUGCGGGAGAAGAAGGUGACCAUCUUGGAGCUCUUCCUGUCGCCGCUGUACCGCCAGCCGAUUUUUAUCGCCAUCAUGCUGCAGCUCUCCCAGCAGCUGUCAGGGAUCAACGCGGUGUUCUACUACUCAACCGGGAUCUUCGAAAGGACCGGCGUGGCUCAGCCAAUCUAUGCCACCAUCGGAACUGGUGUCGUCAACACGGCGUUUACCGUGGUGUCGCUGUUUGUGGUGGAACGAGCCGGCCGACGCCCCCUGCACCUCAUAGGCCUGAUGGGAAUGGCCAUCUCCGCUGUCCUGAUGACCAUCGCCAUGGCGCUGAUUGAGAAGCUGAAGUGGAUGUCCUACGUCAGCAUCGUGGCCAUCUUCAGCUUCGUGGCAUUCUUCGAGAUCGGCCCCGGGCCCAUCCCCUGGUUCAUCGUAGCUGAGCUGUUCAGCCAGGGCCCGCGGCCUUCUGCCAUCGCCGUGGCCGGCUUCUCCAACUGGACGGCUAACUUCAUCGUGGGCAUGUGCUUCCAGUAUGUGGAGCAACUCUGUGGCCCCUACGUCUUCAUCAUCUUUACCUUCCUGCUGUUGGGAUUCUUCAUCUUCACGUACUUCAAGGUGCCGGAGACCAAGGGCCGAACGUUCGACGAAAUCACCGCAGGUUUCCGCCAGAAUGCGUUGGGGACUGAGAAGUACUGCCCCGAAGAGCUCAGCAGCCUGGGGUCCGACUCCCAGCUGUAGACCCACCCAGGUUCCGUUUGACGGACUGGUGUACCGGCUCCAUGUAUAUCCUUCGCUUUCCUAGAGCAGUAAAUCCCCCAGCAUCCGUUAUAACCGUAUUCAGUUACAUUUUUAGCUCUCGACAUGGACUGAAGAACAGAGGUGGGGAUUUGAAAGGAAAUAAGAGCAGUGAUUGUGUUAUGAAGAGGAUACUCCCAGUGCAAUCAGAGUAAAGUGGUGGCAACCCUGCCCAUUCUGACAGUGACCACUGCAGAUUGUUAGCUGGUCACACUGCACUUACAUACUCCUGACUUCACACUGCCCAUGGGAGUUAUACUUUACUGGUCUGAGGACAGAACAAAAAAUUAUUGGUUCCGAAAGAUAACCAAUCAGAUUGUAGAGGAGGCUGGGGGGACCAAGAUAUCUGAUUGGUUGGUUCUGCUUCCUCUAGUUGCUUGGACCCACCUCCUCUACAAUGUGAUUGGUUAUCUCUCUAAACCAAUCAUUUUUCAUUCUGUUCUAAGAACAUUUUUGUGUAAGUAAAACUCCCAUGAGCCUUCACACUUAAUCAUUCCUCUUUUAUGUCCCAUGGUCACAGGUGCGAAUCCCGAUAGACAGCAGUAAGUCCUCUUAUGGUUUCCCACACUGCCCCCUGCCUGCUCACCCCGUUCUAGAUCAAUUGGUCCAUUACUUCUGGCCCAUGGCAGGUGUCUAAGCAUGGUGGACACAGAGAGUUUUCCGGGGCUUUUCUGGAGUCGUAUGUAACCUCUGCAGGACAAGGGUUUAUGGAGACGAGGGAAAGCACUUCCCUCCAAAAAGCAGGAGGUGUGGAUAGGAGCGGCUUCUCUUUCAGGCCCUGUGAGAAGAGCCCCGCAUCCACAGGGCCACCUUUGCGUAUACAGUACCGUCAGAAAUGCAUCCUGGUUUAUCGCGUUACUACAGUGUAGUAGAAGACGAUGCUUUCGUUUAUUUGCUUCGCUUAAGAGAUGUUAUCUAACUUGUACAAAGAUGGCAGUUUUUUUACUACAAACUGUAAUUUUUAAAGUCAAGCGGAACUGCGUUCCUUUUUAAAGAGUUAUUUUUUAACAUUCUUUAAAGGCAGUAACAAUCUGAGAUGCAAGAAGUGUUAUAAGAUUAUGUAGUACAGUAUUAUUUAGCAGUGGAGCGCUGUGGGUAAUAGGAUGCAUGCCGUAUAUUAUAGCAUGUAUAAAGCCCCACACUCCCUGUUCGCUUAAUACAGCGUAUUUUUAAAACUGUAUACAGUCACCAGCUAUUGCUGGGCCUUUAAACCUUCCCGUAUUGGAUUUGCCUCCAUACAUACUGCUUUUAAAAUAAACUGUAUGAAGUAUAUGGUGGAAAAUAGGUUUCUAUUCUGUAUUCCUUAUUGUGUCAGCUUUGGUCUAGAACCUAAUAUAUUAUCAUACUGGCCUUUUACAUCUAUUUAUUUAGUAGUUGCUUUGGCCCAAAGCAGCGUAUAAGUCAGCGGAUGCUGUAGUUAGUGCAUUAAAGCACAGAGCGGCUACAUAAAUAAUCUAUAAUCAGCAGUAAACAGGUUACAAGUGAGUACAGGAGAUCUUGUAUAAUGUUUCUUUAUAUGUGAGAUGCUACCAUGCAGCACUGGAGCACAGGUAGCUAAUAGCUUGUGAGAAGCUGUCAAACAGGGUCACAUUAUUGCAUUAUCAGUAUUGUCUUCAUUUCCUGUUACUUGAGUCGUGAACAUUGUCGUCACCAUCGUUAGAGCUUAGUGAUCAGUUAAGUGCAGGUGUGCCCAAUUUGGCCAUUGUCACAUGUAUGCACGCUAACUGACCACCUGUGUCUCGCACACUCCAUUUUAUGAAAUCGUUUAUCUUUUCACCAGUUUUGUUAUUGCAAAAAGGUUUAAUCUCUGUGAAGACGCCCCACCUCCCUCCCAGCUUGGUGGCUAACGAGCAGUUCUCCUUUUGAAAGAUUAGGCAGCUGCAUAAAGGAAGAAGUCUUUGUUAAAGUCAUAGAAUGGACCACACGUAACUUUGGAAUCCCGGGAAGUGCAAGCAUGAUGAAAAUGUGUGAAAUAAGGGCUUCUGAGUAAAUGUGCAAACGCUUUGCGUCGUCAGUAAUGUGCAGAGUCUGCUUGGAGAUGCUUUGUUAUGUCGUGGUGGGUAUGUGUCCUUACAGGAGCUCACUGAAGAUGUUAAAAAAAACAAUGUGCUGAGUGAAUACCUGUAAACAGUGAAGUCCGGUUCAUCUUUUUCUAAGGAAAAAAGGGAAGAGUGACUCAUCAAUCAGAGUUCACCAUUUAAAUCAUUUAAUUACCCAGCAAUCCCUUGCUGAGGACAAUCAGACUCAAACCACAAGAUUUCUUUAGCUUGCAAAGGUAAAGCUCCCAUGUAGAAUACAUGAUGGAAGAACAGCUGUCCCUUACAGAUGGACCAAGCUGAUGAUGAUUUUGAGGUGUCACCGUUGCUGCUUAUUAAUUGUAAUUGUUUAAAUCUGUUAAUUUGUCCAUUUGCAGCACUGGUAUGGACUGCUUUGUGUUGUACUUUUUCUUGCCAAACGUCUGUCAAGCAAAUAAUCACUCAUUUAUUUUUAGUCACUGCUCCCACACAAUGAAAUACAUGUUUUUUUUUAUCUGCUGUUAAAAUAAUAUCCUUUUAAAUGUUGACUUUGAGGAUUCCAUACAUAUCACUGAUCUGUUUCUGUUAUUGUCAAAGUAAUAAAAGUAAAGUUUGCUCGAAGUGUAAUAGAUGAGGCAGAAAUAAAGCUUUGACAUCCAUGGUGGGUGGGAUUAUUGUGCCCCGGCAGCCGCCUCCUAUUGGUCACUUUAAGGGCUCCGUUUAGGGUGAUGCAGACUGUGAUUGGCAGCAUGUGGUGACUGUCCACUGUGGGUUAAAAGUUCUGUGAUGUUUCUGUGAUGAUUUAUUGACUUUACUGAUACGUUUUUUUUUAUAAUUUUUUUUAAAUUUUGUUUUGCAGUUUGAUAAACCUAAAAGUCUCAGGGCAAAAUAAUUCUCUUUUUAUACGUCCCUUUUCUUAACUGCUGUAUGACAAAUAAAUGGAUCCAUUGCACUUUCCUAA